AGGCCCAAUUUUCGAAGGUCGUGAAAGGAAAGUUCAGAAGUCUUCCAGAUGCCAAGAAAGCGAAGUAUCUUGCUUUGGCCCGAGAGGAGCGGGAGAUUUAUGAAAUGCGAAAAGAUGAUUUUUUUGCUGCAAAUCCUCAGUAUAUCGAUGGAUCUCAAAUGCCCAAAUUGCCGCCUACACCUUUUGAUCUCUUUUUGAAGAAGAAGGGAAUUGAAACAGAGUCACCGAGAGUUAGACUCGCUCAGAGGAAAAUCUUUGAAGCUCUGACGUAUGAGAAGACGAGAAGAUUUUACCGGAAAGCGCUGGAUUUGGUCCAUAAAUUUUAUGAAGAACUUGGAGUUUAUGUUGCGAUCCAUAUCAAGGAUCCCCUGCUUCCUGAUCGUUUUGCGCGUGUUUUCAAAGAAGUAUACACAUACCGGAGGUGAGGAAUUCUGUUGGGAACCCCUGGGAUUCAAGAUGAUGGGC